CUGCACACGGCCCAGCAUCCUGAGCUCUCUGCUGCUGCUGCUCACUGGGACUUUUAUCACAACCUGGAGCUCAGCUGACCCCCAAAAACACACCAGUGGACAAGAGUCUGGCUUUGACAAGAGUGAAGGUAUUUCUACAACAGGUGAAAUAUGAUUAGGUGGAUUGUGCUGCUGUCUGCGUGUCUACAUGUCACCUCAGCAUCAUCUGAUUACCUUUAUGAAGACCCCUCGUUUAUGGACCCGGAGGACGUGCUGAGUGUGAGCAUUCCUCUGGAGGAGCCACAGCGUCCUCUACUAGGGGCAACGUUGCUACUACCGUGUUACUUCCAGGACCACACUGUCCCAGACCCCGGUGCUCCCACCAUCGCUCCCCUCGUUCAUCGCAUCAAAUGGAGCCUCGUCACCAAAGAAAAAGUCACGACUAUCCUGGUGGCCUUGGAAGGACAGGUGCGCAUCAGCGAGAGCUACCUGGAUAGGGUUCAUCUGGUGAGCUACCCUAUGACUUCUACGGAUGCUAGCAUCAAGAUAUCGGAGUUGCGGUCCAGUGACACGGGAGUCUACCGCUGUGAGGUCCAGCAUGGCAUUGAGGACAACCAUGACAUCGUCCAUGUGCAGGUUCAAGGUAUGGUGUUUCACUACAGGGCCAUCAUGGGACGCUACACUUUGACUUUUGAAAAGGCAAAAACAGCAUGCUCCCAGAACAGUGCGGUCAUGGCUUCACCUGAACAGCUUCAAGCGGCCUACGAUGACGGAUUCCACCAGUGUGACGCUGGCUGGCUCUCUGACCAGACAGUCAGGUACCCGAUCCAUGAUCCUCGUGUGAACUGCUAUGGUGACAAAGAGGAGCUGCCUGGCGUCAGGACAUAUGGAGUGAGGGAUCUCAGUGAGACUUACGAUGUCUACUGUUUCACUGAGAAAAUGACAGGCAGAGUUUUCUACACCGCUGCUGCAGAAAAGUUCACCUUCUCUGAGGCUGUGGUGGCAUGCUCCAAUCAGGGAGCUCAGUUGGCCACUACUGGUCAACUCUACCUGGCCUGGCAGGGUGGGAUGGAUGUCUGUAACGCCGGCUGGCUGGGAGACAGGAGCGUCCGCUACCCCAUCAACAUCCGUCGGCCGCAGUGUGGAGGGGGUCUGCUGGGGGUUCGAACUGUUUACCUCCACACAAACCAGACAGGAUACCCACUACCUGAGUCCCGUUACGACGCCUUCUGUUACACAGAGUCCCCUGAUGAGGAAGGUUCAGGCAUCAUAGAAGAGGGAAGUGGCAUGCUGAGUGUUACUACGGCGACGCAGAGCCCAGAGGUGUUCUACAGGAGGACGACCACAGAGAGCGAGGCGAUCGGAGAGGUGGAGACUCAGCAGCCUACCGUCGUGGACUUCACCUUCACAGAGAGCCCUACCGGGAUGCCGCUGCCUCAGCCGCCCAACGUCACUGAGUUCAUCACUGACUUGAUAGAGGCGGCCACCGCCCGGCCCGACACAGGCCGAGAGCCCAGCAAAGGCUUUGUGAUGCCUCCUACGGGUGUGGUCUUCCAUUAUCGCUCAGGCUCCAGCCGCUACGCUUUCACCUUCGUUGAGGCCCAGCUGGCCUGCCAGAGUGUCGGAGCCACCAUGGCCACGCCAGAGCAGCUGCAGGCAGCAUACGAGGCUGGAUAUCACCAGUGUGAUGCAGGAUGGUUACUGGACCAGACUGUAAGGUAUCCUGUUGUUUUCCCUCGACAUAAGUGUGCUGGAGAUCUGGGGGCUCAACCUGGAGUGCGGUCAUAUGGUUUGAGGCCAGCAGACGAGAGAUUUGAUGUGUACUGCUACAUUGAUCGGCUCAAAGGCGAGGUUUUCCACGUGGGCUCCGUUGAGGGUUUCACAUAUGAUGAGGCUGCUUCUAGCUGUCAAGAGCACAACGCCAUACUGGCCUCCACCGGAGAGCUCUACACAGCCUGGAAAAUGGGUUUCGACAAGUGCCGUGCUGGCUGGCUAUUGGAUCGUAGCGUCCGCUAUCCCAUCAACAACCCCCGCACUGAGUGUGGAGCUGGGAAAUCAGGAGUACACACUGUUUACGCUCACGCCAACCAGACAAGCUAUCCUGAAGUUGAUGCCAGAUUUGAUGCAUACUGUUUCAGAGCGGAUAUUCUACUUAUUGCAAAUGAAACUGGACUGAAUAUCACAGAUAUCCAGGAGGCCCUGCUUAACCUAACAUCAAUUACUGAUCUGCUGCGGCCUGCUGUUCCUUCCAUCGUCUCUCCCAUCCCUGUGGAUACUUUGGGUUCUGGCUCAGGCUCAGCUGAAUUCGGCUCAGGGUCUGGGGUUGACGGUGCCUCUGGAGGUUACUCUGGAACUUUGUCUGGAUCUGGAGAUCUGUCUGGAUCUGGAGACCGGGUAACCAGUGGAGAUCGGUCUGGAUCUGGAGAUCUGUCUGGAUCCGGAGACGGGGUAACCAGUGGAGAUCUUUCUGGAUCUGGAGACCAUGUAACCAGUGGAGAUCUGUCUGGAUCUGGAGAUCUGUCUGGAUCCGGAGACGGGGUAACCAGUGGAGAUCUUUCUGGAUCUGGAGACCAUGUAACCAGUGGAGAUCUGUCUGGAUCUGGAGAUCUGUCUGGAUCCGGAUACGGGGUAACCAGUGGAGAUCUUUCUGGAUCUGGAGACCAUGUAACCAGUGGAGAUCUGUCUGGAUCUGGAGAUCUGUCUGGAUCUGGAGACCUUUCUGGCUCUGGAGACUUGUCUGGUUCUGGAGACAGGGUAGAAUCUGGAGAUCUGUCUGGUUCUGGAGAUCAAUUCACCUCUGGAGACUUGUCUGGUACUGGAGACCUGGCUGGCAGUGCCAGUGCUGAGCUACCCAGUGGAGUGUCAGGCUUCAGCAGUGCAGAUGCUUCUGGAUCAGCUCUCAGUGGAGAAGGAUCCGGCAUCACUGUUGUUUUUUCUGGCAUUGACAGCAUUGUCUCUGGAGAGGGCUCAAUUACAGGAGGACACCAAGAAGCCGGAGAGGGAAGCACAGGGAUCUUUAUCUUCCCUUCAUCUGAAUCAGGCUCGGGAGUGCUCAGUGGAAGCGGGGACCUCUCAGAAUUUGGAUCUGGAUCUGGAUUCAGCUCUGCAGAGAGUGGCUCUUCCAGCUCUGCAAGUGGACAGUUCUCUGGCAUGUCAUCUGGUUUCACCACCGACCAGGACUUUUCUGGAUUCAGUGGUCUUCCAUCUUCCUCUGGAAGUGCAAGUGGCCAGUCAGGAGAUCUUUCAGGAAGUGGAGACACUCAAAUUUUACUGAUAGAUAGUGAACUGAUUGAUGCAUCCAACCCCAGUAUCAACAAGGAGUAUGAGCUUAGUGGAGGCCUACUGAUGUUCAGUGGCUCUGGAGACAUUUCAGGAUCUGGUAUUCUCAGUGGCUCAGCCUCUGGAAGUGGCUCUGGGUUCUUGUCAAGUGUGACCUUUGUGGAAUCAGGGUUCACUGACAUGACAGUGUCAUCCUCUGGAGAGCAGGAGGCCUCUGGGGUUUUACUCCACAGCUCUGGACAGAAGAGUGGUGGACAUUUGUUUUCUGGAUUUGGAAGCUCAGGUUUCCUCUCUGGGUCUGAAUCGGGAAUGUCUGGAUCGAGAAUAUCUGAAUCAGGAAUGUCUGGAUCUGAGUCCUCUACGAGCGGAGAAGAAGGCAGUGUUACAUUUUUGACUGGAGAUUUUUGGACAGAGGUAUCCGGAGACGCUACGCGGUCUAUGGAGCUUGGACAGGGGUCGGUGCAGUACAGCGGAGAAGGAAGCAGUAGCAGCAGUGGCUUCCACUCUGGCAGCGGAGACACCCACUUGUCCACAGCCAGUGGCACUUUUUCAGGGGCUUUCUCUGGUGAUUUGACACAUGUGGCGGUGCUGCCCUCUCUAUCCAGUGAGUGGGGACUGACAGAGAGCACCACAGGACCAGAAGAGGCCCUCAGUGGGGCUGAACUGUCACAGAUCCCCAGUGGCAUCUAUGGAACUCCCCACCCUGUGCUUGCCCCCGCAGGACUGGCUGCUCCUCCCACCGCAACCACACCAACCUCUGUGCAGGCACCAGGCGAUGGUAAAGAAACAGAUUCAUUGGAGGGUGGUUUUAACCCAUGUGAACCCAACCCAUGUGGCGCUGCUUCAUGCACCGUAGAGGAUGGGGUUGUUCUCUGCCAUGAGGUAGAUGUGUGCCAUCCCAACCCUUGUGCCAAUGGAGCCACCUGUGUGGAGAGCGCAGACUCUUACAAAUGCUUAUGCCUGCCCAGCUACGGAGGGGAACGCUGUGAGAUCGAUGAGCAGCAGUGUGAAGACGGUUGGACUAAGUUUCAGGGGAACUGCUACCUACACUUCUCUGACAGAGAAGAGUGGCUGGAGGCAGAGCAGCGCUGCCGGGACUUGAACGCCCACCUGGUCAGCAUCAUCACCCCAGAGGAGCAAGACUUUGUCAACUCAAACACACAGGACUACCAGUGGAUCGGGCUGAAUGACAAGACAGUCAAGAAUGACUUCCGCUGGACAGAUGGCACUCCACUGCAAUUCGAGAACUGGAGGCCGAACCAGCCAGAUAAUUACUUCAACUCUGGAGAAGACUGUGUGGUGAUGAUCUGGCAUGAGAACGGCCAGUGGAACGACGUGCCCUGCAACUACCACCUGCCGUUUACCUGCAAGAAAGGCCCAGCGUCCUGUGGCUCCCCGCCGGAGGUUGACAAUGCCCACAUGUUUGGUAACAGGAGGGAGGAAUACCCUGUCAACGCCAUCAUCCGAUAUCAGUGCAACCCAGGCUUUACACAGCGCCACCCUCCCGUGGUUCGCUGUAAAGCAGACGGACAGUGGGAGAAACCCCAAGUGGAAUGUACUGACGUGAAAGCCAGAAGAAGGAUACAGCGGAGGAGCAGCAGGAGUCUGGCAGCCAGCGGCAAACUUCACUAAAGAAGGGGAAAAAAAGAGGAAUUAAUUAUUUAAGAACAUUUGCAGCACACGGAAAUCCAUUUUCCAUUUUAGUGAAGAGGAUUCGAAGCGUUAAAUUGUUGGAAGGCUACAUCAUAUUUCAAUUCCCUGUCCUCCAUAAUAUAUUUUAGUUAUAUGUAUACUAAUUGUAUUGCUCUGAGUUUAUUUGCAUCGUGUGUUUUGUUAUAUAAUUUUGUUUGGUUAAAUCAUUGUUGGGAUUCUUUUUGAGUUUUCUAGAAGGCAGAAUCUGUCUGGUUCACUGUAGUCUGCUGUAGAUCGGUACCACAGAGAUGAGGGUCGGAGGAUGUUGGCACGUUAGGAUCUGCUGUAAUACUAGUUCAUGGUGUGAGACAUCAACAAGUUAAAUGUUUGUGUACCCGUGUGACAUAGCUUAUUGUUAGGCUACAUCUGUCGGUAGAAAAACCCAGCAGGGAAGACACUCCUUUGGCAACGUUAAAGGGAAAUACUGGUGUUUUUAAAGUUCACAUCAAUCAUCCUAGUUGCCCUGCUGGUUUUUGUCCUUCCAGCUGGUUUCUGCACUCAGUAAGUGUAGCUAAAGGUCAAGCGGCAACCUCCGGUGCUAAAAAAAAGGACCAAAGUGCCAAAACUUGCAGUUCAUCGAGUGUUCACAAAGGAAGUCAGUCCCCAUAGACCCAAUCCCAUUCCCAGUAGAAAAUCCCUGCGUCCUGUACAUACAAUUUAACGAACAAGAGGAACAAGUGGAUAUACUUGUUAUGUCAAUUAUCUAUAAUGCAUGUUUGAAGCUUUCAUAUGUCAACACUUUGACUUACGGUAGCUUGGAGAGCUAAUUCACCUUUUGGGCCACUGACUAAAGAAAAUGAAGCUAACCGAGGUAGCAGUCAGUCCGGCCGGCGGGGAAAUGUUGCUGUUCGUAGCGCUAGAUUUGGUUUGUCAAAGACACUUGCACUUCAACACAGGACAUGAAACAAGCACAGCAGAGACAACAGAUAGUUUGGACCCCCGUGUUUACCUAUGUAGCUUUAAAGGUACAAUGUGUAGGAAUGUCUCCCAUCUAGCGAAGAGAUAAUGUUUCGCAAUCAACACUCUCGCACCACCCAGUUCAAAGUAUACGUUACAGCUACGGUAGCCUUCAUGCUUCAAAAAGCCAAGAUGUCAUCCACGUCUUCAACCAGCUUUACCUCUGGCGACCAGGGCGGUUCAUUUAAUUUUUGUUAAUUGCGAAAUUUCCUAUAAAGAUUUGGUCAUGCCAUGUUUCCUUUUUCAAUUUAGCCGGGGUUGGUAAGCGACGAAACCCAUUGGCAGCAUUGGCAGCAUUAGCAGCAUUAGCAGCAUUAGCAGCACCUGUGAGUUUAUCACGUGACAGCAAAAAGGCGAAGCAGUGUAUCCUGUAUGUCCCUUACCAGCCAACAUAUUUCAAGAUGGCGCAUCGACCACAAUUCAUGCAAAUACAAAUGUGAAAAUUCAAGCCAAUAGGAAUACUUGGAAUUGGUGGUGGGAAAUAUUCAUGAAAAGCACAAGUUUGUGAACGGGCAACACCGAUUUUGAUAAUGAACAUCUAAACACGUUGCACACUGGACCUUUUAACGUAAUAGUCACGGCUGAAAAAGACAACAAUAAUACAACGAUUAUAAUCUAAAUUGUUGAUUUUAUAUACUUCCGCAAUUCAAACCUUCUGCCAUUUUGCUACCUGGCAAUUAUUUUUGUUUAAGCAGGACGCCAUGGGGAUUAGGUCCACAGACUUUAAAGUACCGCCUUCAAUUUUGUUAUAACUCACCUGUUUAUAUUUAUUCAGACUUAGUUCUGCAUAUUUAAGAGUGUUCUGCUUUGAGUGAGUGAGGUGCCUGCCAUCACAGGAGGCGAGCAUAGACUGAAGGCCUCUAUACGGCCCUCCUCAGCUUCAUCCACGCUUCACUUCAUUGCCCAUUUUUUAAAUAACCGACAUCCGGUAGCCACCUACUUUGAGCUUGGUUUUGGUUCUUCAGAAACCUAUGGGUGACGUCACAGAGACCACGUCCAUAUUUUAUACGGCCUUUGUUAAAGGUAUCAUAUUUCCUCCUUCAGAGGAAGCAAUUGAACGCUGUUCCUUCCAGAAUUAGUGCUUUUAAAACAACGCCUAUCUGCGGUAAAAACCUGAUAUUUUCAAAUUUCUCAGAGGUUUACAUGUUUAGGAUUAUUGGAUGUUAUUUGGAAUAUAUUUUACACCUCUAGUGUGUUUUUAUUGGACAUGAUAUCUGGUCCAUGUUAACUUCCUAAAAAGUAGAAAACAUUAGUAGAAACAUUUAGCAGACUAACCUUAGCCAUAGAGUGAAAGCAUAUGAGUUCAAAUGAACCGUAUAGCCUGCAAAGUAUCUUGUAAAAUAGUGGUUUUGAUCAACCUGUUUUAAUGAAUUCACACAGUGACAGAGUAUCUGCUGGACUCAGUGAUUGUUAUAUAAAACAGAUUCAGUUCUGUUAUGAGACUACAGUGCCGGCAGCAACACACAGGCAGGCUGAAUAAACUUCUACUAGCUCAAUUUCUUUCAUAUUUAAUCUGUAGGGGAUCAAGUUGGACGGCUUGUGAGCCACAGUUUGUCAUGUUGGCUGGUCUGAGUCUUUUGUUUUUUUUGUGUUUUUUAAGUAGUCAUCAUCUUCCAGAGGCUGUGCAGUGCAUAGUGUUUCUGUGGAGCAAGUGUCAGUGUAAUGAACCUGUUAUCUAUUUCAUGUUUCUAUCCUCAGAGGACGUCGCUGUAAACAUUACAGUGUGUGGAAUGCCUGUUGUUCUUUUCCCAGCUUUUGACUGCUUUCAUUUGCACACUUUUGUGUCAUUGUUGCUGUGUUUGGAGGCUGUGCCUCCUUCAUACUGUCACCCGCUGCAUGAUAAACCAAAGACUGAGAAUUCAAAUCAUGUGCUGUACAAGCUGUGUCUGCUGCAGCCCCAUUGUAUUUACUAAUUUAAAGGAUAGGUCUGUCAAUGUUCUCUAUUUUUCUUUUUGUAUAACGGUACUUUUGGACAGCACUCCAGUUAAUACUUUUUUAUUGCCACACAGACAUUUUGGCACCCUUACUCAGCGUGUUUCACAAGCAAUCACCUGUGGAACACGCUGAGGAAGAGCACGGCCAUAUCACUGUCCAAAUUACCUCAAUAAAUUAUUAUUAUUCACAUUAAAGAUCCAGCAUCCAGUCGUCAAAGUCUUCUAGUUUUAAUGUGACAAAUCCCAUGAAAAGACCAAAACUAACGUAUGACUGUAUCAACUACCAAUAGUGUGUGUGUGUGUCGUGUGUGUGUGUGUGUGGUGUGUGUGGUGGUGUGUGUGGUGUGUGUGUGGUGUGUGUGUGUGUGUGUGUGUGUGUGUGUGUGUGUCAAAGCUGGAUAUCUCUUACUUCUUCUGCCAUAGAGAUCCAUAAAGCAUCCAAAAACUAUUGAAAAACAUCAGUGAGCACACUGUUGCACUGGAUGCAUGACUCUUCAACACACACACACACACACACACACACACACACACACACACACACACACACAUAUCAUCCUGCUGUCUCAGCUGUUCUAUAAAAAUACGUAUUUGUGACCUGUUGUUAAAGAUGUACAGCAUGCCUUCAGACACAAGAAAGGCUGAAAGCAUCAAGAGAUGGAUUCUCAUAUUGUAGGUUUUGGUCCUUUCACUGGAUUUGUUGAAGAAACACACAGAUUUACACCAGUUGAAUCAUUUACAUUUUUAUCAGUUUGAAUGCAAAUUCAAACAUCAUGUCAACAUGGGGACAAAGCAGUGGUGUUUAAAUCCAGCUAUAAAUCCCUGGCUCUUUGCAUGUGGCAGACAUGAGCAAGGAACUGAUAUAAAACAGAGAAAUAAUAUAUGAUUUAGGAGAAACAUGUAUUUGCCUCAUCCUCACAUAAUGUCUUAUUUAAUGUUUUCUGAUACCAAAGUGCAGAAUGUGCAGUUCAGUUUGUACUCACAUCAAUCUAUGCCAAAUAAAAAACUCUGGUUGUUACCUUCUGCAA